AUGUGUGUUUUCGCCGAGUUGAGGAUCGACCAUUUAUCAAAAAAGCUAAAUAAUUCCAAAUUUAUUCUUUUUGGACUAGGGACUGCCACACUAGCGCGAGAGGAUGUUCUACACUCAAACCUCACCGAAGAAGAAAAGACGGGCUUGGAUCCGUUGGAAGCGGAAGACACGCUGGUGGAAAUACCGGACGUUGACACACUCCAGCUCUCGGACGCUUCCAUAAGAAAGGCCCUAGAGCAGCUGAGGCCAGCCAGCACCAAACAGAGGGGAAGUAUUUCCACUGGUGAGGGUUCCAAGGCAGCUUCGAAGUAUAUGGAACGCCGUCGAAAGUGUGGCACCGUGGAUGUCCAUGACGUGUGGAAACAGUCAAACCUAUCAGUUAGACUGGUGGAAAGAGGCGUGAGUUUCUUCGGAAUCCUCAGUGACGAAAUGUGCGACAAAAUACAUCAGUUCUGGGAGGAACGAGGACGUUAUGUAAAACAAAGAACGACUCGCAUCCAACCUCCGAACCGAAAGCAUUUGCUUCUGUUCUCCGCAGAGUCAAGCCAUCUGCCACCAGAUGCCAAAUUGAAAGAAGUUGUGGAACAGUUGACUAAGGAGGAACAACUCAUAGAGGAGGAAGAGCUUAGGGAACACCAGCUGGCAAUGCAAGAACCAGAUAUCCAAAAUCUCACCGAACAACUCCUACAGGCCGGAGUGUCUCUGGCAGAUUCUUCUUUGUGCCACCCCACAAAUGAUAGUCAGUAUCGCCUCACGAAAAGCGCCUCUGAACGGAAGAGCCUGGCAGCAAGCGCAGGCUUUGGCCGGAGCAAGAUUGAGGAUGCGGUGAUCGACCGACGUCGACGCAGGCUGAAAGACUUAUGGACUGAUGAACAACCUCGUCCAUUCACACCGAUGUACUUCAAUAUUUGUCGUCCGAAUGUGGGCAGAUCCACAGAGAAUGCUCCGGAACUAGAGGAAUACUCUGAGCCCAAAGACGAACACAAUGAGUUUACCAGCGAUUCAGAAACUCACGUAGAGCAGCGCGAGACCAGAGGUUCAUUGAGGAGCAAAUCAGAAUUAUCGUUACAAGGCGAGGAUGUACCGUACUUUUUGUCCGACGUUCUGCACGCACAAUUGUGCUGUCUACUGUGGCUGCUGAGACGAAUGACCACCACUGAGGAAGAAGAGAAGUUCACCGUUCCACGUCCCAUCUCCAUGUGCUGGAAUUAUAGUGUUGAUUCGACGUGUGUUCUGCACUCGUUGCGAGUGGUGAGGGUGGAGGCGCGAUACUUGGAGGUUUGCGGGCGUGGUUGUAUUCUGGUGUCGCGAAGUGUUGAUUCGACGUGUGUUCUGCGUUCGUUGCGAGUGGAGGGUCGAGGCGCGAUAGUUGGAGGUUUGCGGACGUGA